GAAAAAUUAUGUGAUCACUUCAGGGAACUUCGGGAGACAUCACCAAGCACUGAAGGUGGAGGGAAACUACAACCUUUCCAGUUGCAUCCCUGUUUAAAAAGUGACAUUGCAGAGACAGAAUUCCUACGGGAAGCAACUGAAGUUUUACUUGUUUUAUUGUUGCCGGAGAGGAUAGCCAGCUCCGAGACUGCACGUCAUGUCAUACGUGAAAUAGUGACAUGUUCAGUCAUUAAGCCAGCUAUUGAUACACUAUGCAGUCCCAGCUAUGUGAACAACACUCUCUUAAUACACUUGGAAUACACAGAGCAGUUGGCAAAGAAACACAAUCGCAACUACAUGUACUCUGCAACCUAUGAGGAUUUCAUAAAGCUGAUCAACAGUUGCCAUGACACCCAAGAACUUCAACAAAUCAGGUAUCACAUUUUAACUGAAAUUAUGCAAGCAACCAACAUUCAAAAUAUGAAGAAGGCAAAGGGAUUAGAAGUGGGAACAAGGACAUCAAAGGGAGCUGGUAAAGGAGAGCUGUUGAAGGCACGUAAUCUGAAAAGGUACCUCAACCAGUGUCGCUUUGCAAAAGCUCACUGUGAACGGCGUAUCAGGCAAGUUGGGGGCCCCGAGUAUCAGAUGUAUUUCCGCAACCGGGACGAGGAGGAUGGCGUGGGACCAAUGAUGGUCAUAUUACUGGAGGAGAUAUUCCAGGACAAACAAGCAUUGGAAUAUUUCAACAAGUUUCUUCAAAAGGAAGGAAAGGAUGACCUGUUGAACUUCUGGAAAGCAGUUGAAAAGCUUAAAAAUACAAAAAAGAAGGAUCAACACAAGGUUGCUAACGACUUGUAUCAGACUUACGUUGCUACAACCAGUGCUGUGAAAGUUGAUAAAGCGCUAGUUAAGCAAAUGCAGGCAUAUCUGGUUGGAAAUAAACUGCAUGUCCGAGAUCAAUAUGUUUCAUUUGCCUCAUCAUUUGCUUAUGACAAUAAAGACAUGUAUCUUGUACAGGGACCGGAGGCUUUCUAUGAUGCUCAAACAAAGGUAUAUGAAUUAUUAGAUGAAGAUUACUACCCGUCGUUCCUCGUGAGUGAAUAUUACGCGCAAUUCUGCCAACUGUCCUCGCGUGUGUAUCAGGAACGACUGUCCAAGCAACGAUCCGCUUCAGAUGAGGAACUCAGGCAACGUUAUAAUACUAUGGUGCAACCGAGCCCCAUGGCUGAUGAGUUGGAGAGUUCAUCUGUAAGCAUCGCUGAACAAACCAACGCCAUUCUUCGGAAGCUUCAACAGUGUGAAGAGAAAAUGGAGAAUAAGGUGACCGCUCUUAGCAACAUUAAGACAUCUGCCAACCCUGAUGCCAAGAUGCAGCAAACACUGGAACGCGAGAUUGAGAUGCUGAAAGUGGAACGGCGUCAACUUGAGUUGUACAUCGAACGAACCGACCUCUGGUGUGAACACAUUGGAAAGUGGAGAACUGAUAUAUGCAAUGCUGAACAAAUGGAGGAUGGUGAGAAGAAUCUGCCGUACUAUGUGAUAGUGGUACAUCCGAUUGACCCUAAUAUUCCCAUACAUGGCUGGGUGGUCUCCAGACGACUCAACGACUUCCAUACCCUGCAUAAAAGGAUUAAAGAUUGCAGCAAGUUACUGGCAAAACUUGAACUUCCGCAGAUGAGCAGACGACCUUUCAAAAAUCUUGACAAGGAGUUCUUAGAAACAAGCAAAGCCCAACUACAAGACUACCUGACCUCUAUUCUUAAAGAUGACACUUUGAAGCAUAGUGAAGCUGUGUAUAGAUUCCUUGUUCCUUCUCCAACACCAAUUCAAAACGCAUCUGAAGAGAAGGAGAAGAAGGCUGGUUUUUCAUUUUCUGGUAUUUUCAAGAACACACCAGAGCCUGAAAGAACCACUGAUGAUGUAGACACUGAGGAUGAAAGCCCUGCUGAAGUACGGGACUCCAUUGCAAAACCGAUGUAUUCUUUGAUAGAGGAGGUCUUCGAGUUGAGGGGAAUGUUUAAGUGGUUACGUCGAACUCUUAUUGUUUUUGUACAAGCUACGUUUGGUGGAACAAUAAAUAGAGAAAUCAGGUCCACUGUUGACUGGCUGUUCUCAGAGCCGAUGAUUAUUUACUACGUUCAUUAUUUUCGCAAUGCCAUGUGGCCGGAAGGAAAGUUCGUUCAGAUGCUUGAUCCAAAGACAAAAGCUGAGGAUCAGCAAAUCAAACAAGAGGCAAAGGAACGAUUUCUAAAAAAUAUCCCAGAUAUACUUCAGAACACGGUUGGAGGCCAAAAUAGUCGACUUGGAUUUGCUAAAAUAUUUGAAGCUUUUCAGGAUGAACUGACAAACAAGCAUUUGUUUUACGUCUUGUUUGAAAUGGUGUUGUUGGAACUUUGUCCAGAGCUGAGAGACCCAAAACUUCUUAAGAAACUGGAAGAACUUGAAGCGCAGAGUAGAAACGGACAGUUGUCAAAACAAGGCUCUUUAGACUCACAAGAUGGGGAGUGUGAUCAACAAAUUGAAGGACUGAAACAUGAGGAGGCAGUUCAGAAACUGGAACAGCUAAAAACAAGGAAGGAAAUUGAGCAAAGAGAGGUGAAAGAGGAUAGAGGAGGUGGCCACAAAGAGAAAAGUACAGAGUUGAAGAAAGAAGAGUAAAAUUUGAUAUUAACAAAGUUAUGACAUCAUUAGGCAUAUCAUUUCUAUUCUUUUAGGCAUAUUGCGGGGUUUUUAUUAUUAUUUUUUUUUACCUAGAUCAUUUAGUUUUGGUCUGGUAAUAUUUAAGUGAUGGCUUUUUUCUAAAUGAACAUCUUUUUGGUAAAUUGUUUUUAGCUCUGAUGAGAAGCUCCUGGAAUACCCUGCUUAUUGUGUUGUUUCUUGCUGAUUGACUGCUUUUUUCGUGGCUGAGUGACUGUGUUUUUUUUUCUGAUUGACUCCUUUUUUCAUUGUUUUUUUUUUUUAUGGCAGAUUGAAUUUUUCAUGGCAGAUUGAAUUUUUCAUUUUUUAGAGAAAAAAGAAAAAUAGAACUGGCUCCUCUCACACCCUAACCUACAUUCAUGCCUCUAGACCAACAACCCAUAGUUAAUAUGUGUCAUACUCUGAACUACACUCAUGCCCGUAGACCAACGAGCCAUAGUUACUGUGCAAUUCUGAAGAAGCUCUAGGAUUACUCGGCUGACUGAUAGAUUUUUUUUUCGUUUUUAGAGAAAGAAAAAUACAGGCUCAUUCAGGAUUUGAACCAGGUACCUCUCACAUCCUAAGCUACAUUCAUGCCACUAGACCAACGAGCCAUAGUUAUGUCAGUUUGAAGGAGGUCUAGGAAUACUCGGCUGAUUGUUUGAUUGAUUGUUUAAUUGAUUAAUAGAUCUUUUUUGUAUGGGCAGCCAUUAGGGCCAACACACUUCACUGCCCUCAUCAGAGCUUUUGAAAUUACAAGAACUUGUUUGUUAUAAAAAUAUAUUACUAUUGUUGUCAUUGUUAUAUGUGGCAAAGACAAGCCAAACCAGUCACUCGUCGCAAAUCGUGUUUCAGAGAAAAUGGCCAAAACAUGCUAAAAUGUCAAAUUU